AUGGGCCAAAUAUUAGUGUUAUAUAUGAACAAUCAUAAUUUUACAGUUUGCGUAUAUAACAGAGCUGCUUUCCAAAAUAGUACCCAAAUCAUAAGUGCAUAUUGCAUUGAAGAGCUUUGCUUAAAAUUAAAACGUCCAAGAAAGAUACUGUUAUUGAUAGAAUCAGGCACAGUUGUUGACUCCUUUAUUGAGUUACUUCUGCCUUAUAUAAAUCAAGAUGAUGAUAAUUCUUAUUUUCUAGAUUCUAUUCAUAUGAAUGGUAUUGUAUUUGUUGGUUCUGGUGUUUUGGUCAGUGAAAAAGAUCUCUCAUUGAUGCCAGGUAACGGUCAUUCAAAGAUAUGGUCUAUUCAACCUACCUUUCAAGCUAUUGCCGCUAAAGCUCUUGAUGUCUCUCCAUAUUAUGAUUGGACUAUCAAUAAAUCGAGAACUGGGCGUUAUAUCAAGAUGGAUCACACCAGUAUUGGUGAUAUCCAAUUAAUCUGUAAAAUUUACCUACAUAUUAUAAAAGACGUUGAGGAAAUUACAGCUACUUUUGAAGAUUGGAACAGAGAUGAAUUAGAUUCUUUCUGUAUUGAAAUUAUACGAGAUAUUCUUUGA